UCAUACGUGGCGGCUUUUUCCAUUUGGAACUUGACACCAGAGGAAAAAUCAUAACUCUGCUUGCUGACCAGCGUUGUGUGUUCAUGUUCAUCAAAUCCACGCCGUUGAAAACAACCUGCACACAGGUGAAGUUUUACUCACCAUCACCAGAAGCCAUUCUUGUGGUUGAGCUUGUUUGCUGGAACGUUUCCCAGUGAUGAGUCGGUUCCAUAAUACCGUGAAGAGAUGGGGGCUCGGCCUCUGUUUUCUGAUCCUGGUGUUCAGCUUCCCCUUUUUAUACAGCAGAUUUGAUACCCAUGAAGAAAACCCACCGGUGCCCAGAGAGAAAGAAGAGAGGAGGAACAUAGAUGGCGACCUUAACUUUGGGGCCAGACGGCAGGUUGAAACAAUCACAUCCUGGAAGGGCCCGAUCAUGUGGAAUGGGAUAUUUGAUGCGAAUGCUUAUGACGAGCUGCAUAUUCAACUCCGGUCCUCCGUGGCUCUAACUGUGUUUGCUGUGGGAAGGUACCUAGAUGCCUACUGCAAGGAUUUCCUGACCUCGGCAGAAAAGCACUUCAUGCCGGGGUUACCAGUGACGUACUACGUGUUUACUGAUUCACCAGAGAAGGUACCGCAAAUCGAGCUCGGCCCUCAGCGACACCUCAAGGUUAUCGAGGUGAAAAUGUACAGCAGAUGGCAGGACAUCUCUAUGAUGCGCAUGAGUAUGAUAUCGAAUCUCAUAGAUUCGGAGAUUGCUUCCAGCUUCAGCCACAUCUUCUGCUUCGAUGUGGAUCAAGUGUUUGAAGCGAGGUUCGGCUCAGAGGCUCUUGGGGAUUCGGUGGCUUUGCUCCACGCACAUUAUUACAAACUUCCAAAGGAAAAGUUCACCUAUGACAGAAACAAGAAAUCCACAGCCUUCAUGGAAACGGGAGAUUUCUACUACCAUGCUGCCAUCUUUGGAGGAUUGUGUGCAAACGUGAAGAAUCUGACAGACGCCUGCUACCUAAGCAUCAUGGAGGACAAAAUAAAUGACGUGGAGGCUCUGUGGCACGAUGAGAGUCACCUCAACAAGUACUACUGGCUGAACAAACCAAGCAAGCUGCUCCCCCCCGAGUAUUGCUGGGACUAUAGUAUUGGUGACAGAAGCGACAUAGAAAUCGUCCGCCUGAGAUGGGCCCCAAAACAUUACGAUACACUUCGUGCUAAUGUCUGAAUAACUUUGAAAAGAUGGAGACAAUCUUUUAUGUGAGGUCACCCUGAUUUGACCAUUAAAUUCUAAUCGGGUCAUCCAAGCUGAGUUAGAUCUGAACGAUAUGUAGAUCAAUAAUUUCCAUGAUACUCGUAGGAACAUUUAAAACACGUGGGAAAUGAUGCAUGUUGGAAUAUAUUAUAUAAGACACUUGCACAUUAGAUGCAAGCCAAGAAUCGUCAAACCAACCUUGAAUUAAACUGAGUCUCAUAAGAAAUAUCCUGUAAGAAUAACCAAAAACUAUACAAGCCAUUAUAGAUAUAUAUAAUUGUAUGCAUAUAUGUAUACAUACAAUUAAAAAGUAAUAAAAAAAUUGUUGGAAACUUGCAUGCACCUAGUGCAAAACAUUCUUAAUAUCAUUGGUUGAAUGUUGCCCGGUUCAGUAUCCCUCCUCCACUCCGAGAUGCCCAGACAUGGAAGAGACGUCCUGACAAACGUUAGAUGAUGGCUGGGGUUCAAACAUUCUGGACUCUGGUACUGGAAGAAAAAGAAUAGAUAUCUGGACACUCUUUUAUUAUCAUAACAUCAUUUUGAUGUUGUAUAUUGUAGCGAGGACUUGUAACUCUUAGAAGUUGACUUUUCAGGAUGUUAUGACUUCAACUGUAUUAUCUUACAAUUGCAUUAUGAUUUGGGAAUGUGCUUUUAUUUUAAUGUGUAACACUGCUGAGAAGUGCUGUAGUAUCUCUGAUCUUUGUGGAUGUUGAGAUGUUAUCAUAUUUUUUUAAAUGUAUAUUGUAGCGAGGACUUGCUAUACUCAGAAGUUGAAGUUUCAGGAUGUAGUAA